CUGACGCCCCUCGCGCUUGGUUGCUGUCAGCCGUCGAAUCGCUCGAAACGAUCAUACCGAUCACAAAUCAUUAUAAACUUUAACCAUAUGUGGAAAUGUUGGGAUAAGUUUGAAGUCUUCUAAAAGAGCAAUGGGGCGCAUAGUAGGGGCCCAAGGGGCACUGCUUUGUAUCCUCUGCAUAGUGCUAGAGUCUAGCGCGCUUAUCCUCCUGCCGCACGAUGUUCGCCCUGGUCACGCCGUACGCCAUUUUGCCGGGAACCAUUCGAGAUAUACCCUGCUCGAUCCCGAGUACACUUCAUUCUUCACGCUUUUGGACGAUGGCCUACUAAUGACUACAGCUGACCUUGGACCUCUUUUGAAUCAACCAUUGAAUCUCGCUAUAUUGGAAAGUACUCCAUAUAGUAGUUCAGCUCAUUCAUUACAUUUGUUUGUUAUGGAUCGAAAGAAAAUGCUUAGUUUCUCUACUAUUAAUGGAUUGCAUGGAGAGAUUCCAGAAAAUGCACCUGAACGAUCUGUAGUGGACCUGCCUCCGAUACGAGCUACAGCUCUUGUUAAUAUUGGGCCCAUAGCAUAUAAAAUUAUAAAAGGCAAUGAAGAUUCCAUUUUUGCUCUACGAGAAAAGGAUAACAAUCAAAAUUAUAAUCUAAAAUCUGUAGUAACAGAAGGAGAUGUAGAAUUAGUUGCGCUUCGUACAUUAGAUGCUGAAACUAAGAAUUCCUAUAAUAUUGUUAUCCAAGCCACCGAUUUGCACGGAGCAAGUAAGGCUAGUUUACCAGUUUCAAUCACGGUCUUAAAUGAAAACGAUCACGAGCCCUUAUUUGAACAGGAAAUAUACUAUUUCGCUGUAAAUGGAACUCUAGACAAGAACCUUAAUAAUGGAACUGCACAUUGGCAAAGAUUUUCUAAUAUUGGUACAGUUCAUGCCUACGAUGCAGAUGGCGAUCGAGUUUACUAUUCUAUAAAGACACCUACAAAUCUGGCUGUAAUUGUACCUCAAACUGGCGAAUUGAUUCUUGCUGGCGAACCCGACAGCUAUGAAGCAGAAUUGUUGAUACUUGCCCAUGAUACCGGUACUCCCUCUAGGAAAAGUAAGCCAGCUCAGGUAUUCCUAGAGUUCAUUAUUCGUGAGCGAAAAGAUUUACCUGCACUUCAUCGAGAGAAACGACGUGUUACUAGAGCCGUUCGUCCUACGAAACGCAUAGAAUUCACAGAAGGUGACGGUGAAGUUGAGGGACGUGCAGUCUUUACGCUUGAAAAAGAAACUGAUCGUGAAACAUUUAAAAUUCGUGAUGAAAAUCCGUGGGUUACAGUGGAACCUAGUGGUGUUGUAAAAGUUAAAAAGAAGUGGGACUUUGAGGAGCUCGGGCCCGAGAAGACAAUCGACUUUUGGGUUACCAUCACAAAUGCUGGAAAUGGAGUGGCUCUGAAGUAUACGGACAACCAGCGUGUAAUAAUCCACGUGAAGGAUGUCAAUGACGAACCUCCGUAUUUUAUCAAUCGUCCGCUACCAAUGCAAACGGUGGUACAACUCAACGCGGCACCGAAUACCCCCGUCUUUACCCUGCAAGCCAGAGACCCGGAUACUGACCACAAUAUUCACUACUUCAUCGUAAGAGACAGAACAGGGGGCAGAUUUGAAGUUGACGAGCGUUCGGGUGUGGUCCGCACCAGGGGAACGGAUCCUUUCCAACUUGAUAUGGAAUACGUCUUGUAUGUCAAGGCCGAAGAUCAGAGCGGUCGAGUCGACGAGAGGCGGUUCCAAUCAACCCCCGAGGAACGUCUUAGCAUUGUAGGCGGUAAACGUGCCCCUCAGUUCUAUUUACCGAGCUAUGAAGCUGAGAUAGCCGAGAAUCAGAAGAAAGAUUCUGAUAUCAUAUCCGUGAAAGCGAAAUCGUUUGCCGAUCGCGAAAUUCGCUAUACACUGAAAGCACAAGGACAAGGCGCGGGUACGUUCAACAUUGGCCCCACUUCUGGUAUCGUGAAACUGGCGAAGGAAUUAGACUUUGAAGACUUGCGCCAGCCACAUGUGUACUCAUUGGUCGUCACUGCUACCGAAGAUUCGGGCGGAUUCUCUACGUCUGUUGAGUUAACAAUCCGUGUCACGGAUGUGAAUGACAACGCGCCAAAGUUUGAGCUGCCCGACUACCAAGCCCAUAAUGUUGAUGAAGACAUCCCGCUUGGAACCAGCAUCCUCAAAGUGAAGGCAAUGGACGCUGACUCCGGAAAGAACGCUGAGAUCGAAUAUUUAGUUUCAGAUGAUCACUUCAGCGUUGAUUCGAAUGGCAUAAUCACAAACAACAAGCAGUUGGAUGCCGACAACAACAAUGCAUAUUAUGAAUUUGUUGUUACUGCCAAGGACAAGGGCGAACCAGCAAAAACGGGAACUGCAACCGUCAGAGUCUAUACGAAAAAUAAAAACGACGAAGAACCAAAAUUUUCACAGCAAGUAUACACACCUAACGUGGAUGAAAAUGCGGGCCCCAAUACUUUAGUUACUACAGUUGUCGCUUCUGAUAAGGAUGGUGAUAAUGUACGCUUUGGAUUUGUUGGGGGUGGUACUAGUUCUGGACAAUUCGUAAUUGAGGAAAUAACAGGUGUCAUACGAUUGCACAAUAAAGCCAUAUCAUUAGAUAGGGAUAAGUACGAAUUAAACGUAACGGCUAUGGACGACGGGGCUUGUUGCGUUAAUGGGGAUGCAACUAUACAUACAUCUACAGCCGUGGUCGUUGUUUUUAUAACAGACGUCAACGAUAAUAAACCUAUCUUCAAAGAUUGUCCAACAUACUUUCCGAAAGUAGAAGAAGGCGCUCCAAACGGCAGUCCUGUCAUAAAAGUACAUGCUACCGACGAAGACAAGGGCGUUAAUGGUCAAGUAAAGUAUUCUAUAGUGCAACAGCCGAAUCAAAAAGGUACGAAGUUCACAGUUGAUGAAGAAACUGGUGAAGUAUCCACCAACAAGGUUUUUGAUCGAGAAGGGGAUGACGGAAAAUUUGUUUCUGUCACUGUGAAAGCUACCGAUCAGGGAGAUCCUUCCCUAGAAGGUGUCUGCUCAUUUACCGUUGAAAUCACAGAUGUGAAUGAUAACCCACCACUAUUCGACCGACAAAAAUACGUGGAGAAUGUAAAACAGGAUGCCAGUAUAGGCACAAAUAUUUUAAGAGUGUCGGCAUCUGAUGAAGAUGCUGAUAACAACGGAGCUAUCGUUUAUACUUUAAGUGCUCCUUAUAACCCAGCAGACAUAGAAUAUUUUGAAAUCCAACCUGAAUCAGGGUGGAUCGUUUUAAAGAAACCUCUGGACCGGGACAGGUAUCGACUUCGCGUGCGCGCCUCCGACAGAGGCGACCCGCCCUCCUCCGCAGACGUGGACGUUGAAUUAGACGUGGUAGACAGGAACAAUAAACCUCCCAUCUGGGACGACAUGUCCACGUAUGGCCCCGUUCACAUCAAAGAGAAUGUCACAGUGGGUACCGUAGUGACCAGUGUGAAAGCCAGCUCUGGCAUUGAAAACAACCCGACCGUGUUCUACCGCUUGAUGCCGGGCUCGACGGCUCAGACGAACAAAUUUCAUACUUUCUACUUACAACAAAGAGCUGAUAACGGAUUCACGUGGGCUGACAUUAAAGUGAACCAUCCCCUAGACUACGAAAGCAUUAAGGAAUACAAUCUUACUAUUCGGGUUGAGAACAAUGGAGCUCAGCAGCUAGCUUCAGAAGCCACCGUGUACAUCAUGCUGGAGGACGUCAACGACGAGAUCCCGCUGUUCACGGAGAGAGAACAGGAGACGGUGCUGGAAGGCGAGCCGAUAGGGACCAAGGUCACACAAGUCAACGCUAUAGACAAAGAUGGGACUUUUCCUAACAACCAGGUAUACUACUACAUCGUGGAUUCCCCGAGGAACGAAGGCAAGGACUUCUUCGAAAUCAGCAUGCAGACAGGGGAGAUCUUCACAAAGGUGGUGUUCGACAGGGAGAAGCAGGGCGCCUACGCGUUGGAGGUUGAGGCGCGCGACGGGGCUCCCUCGGCGCGACCGAAUUCAGACAACCAACCAAAUUCAGUGACGAAGUUCAUCCGAAUUGGAAUUGCGGACAAAAAUGACAACCCGCCCUACUUCGAUAAGGAGCUGUACGAGGCUGAGGUCGAUGAAAAUGAAGAUAUACAGCACACAGUCCUCACCGUCACCGCCAAAGAUCACGACGAAUCAUCGCGUAUUCGAUACGAGAUCACGAGCGGGAACAUAGGCGGUGCUUUCGCCGUCAAGAACAUGACUGGCGCCAUCUAUGUAGCGGGGGCGCUCGACUAUGAAACUAGGAAAAGGUACGAGCUGAAGUUAGCCGCAUCAGACAACCUGAAGGAAAACUACACCACAGUUGUGAUUCAUGUGAAGGAUGUCAACGAUAAUCCCCCCGUGUUCGAGAGACCCACAUAUCGAACCCAAAUCACAGAAGAAGACGACCGCAAUCUUCCCAAACGUGUGCUACAGGUCACUGCAACUGAUGGAGAUAAGGAUAGACAACAAAAUAUAGUUUAUUUUCUAACGGGACAAGGGAUUGAUCCAGAUAAUCCUUCAAAUAGUAAAUUCGACAUUAAUAGGACAACGGGAGAGAUAUUCGUCUUAAAGCCUUUAGAUCGUGAUCAACCUAAUGGACGACCUCAAUGGAGAUUUACUGUUUUCGCUCAAGAUGAAGGAGGCGAGGGCCUAGUCGGCUACGCUGAUGUUCAAGUUAAUCUUAAAGAUAUUAAUGAUAAUGCACCCAUUUUCCCACAAGGCGUAUAUUUCGGUAAUGUUACUGAAAAUGGAACGGCCGGAAUGGUUGUUAUGACUAUGACAGCUAUUGAUUAUGAUGAUCCCGCUGAAAGUAAUAAUGCAAAACUGUGGUAUUCUAUUGAGAAAAAUGUAAUCGAAGAAGAAACUGGUUCUCCAAUAUUUGAAAUCGAACCUGAAACGGGCGUUAUUAAAACGGCUGUUUGUUGCUUAGACCGAGAAAGGACACCUGAUUAUUCAAUACAAAUAGUUGCGUCAGAUGGAGGGGGGUUAAAAGGCACUGGUACAGCAUCAAUACGAGUUAAAGACAUAAACGAUAUGCCUCCGCAAUUCACGAAAGAUGAAUGGUUUACAGAAGUUGAUGAAACCGAUGGCACAAACCUUCCUGAAAUGCCUAUUCUGACUGUAACUGUGCAUGAUGAAGAUGAGACGAAUAAAUUUCAAUAUAAGGUUAUUGAAAACAGUGGAUAUGGCGCUGAUAAGUUUACUAUGGUUAGAAAUAACGACGGUACCGGAUCUUUAAAAAUCGUACAACCUUUGGACUAUGAAGAUCAAUUACAAAGUAAUGGAUUCAGAUUUAGAAUACAAGUAAACGAUAAAGGUGAAGAUAACGACAAUGAUAAAUAUCAUGUAGCUUAUUCAUGGGUGGUCGUUAAAUUAAGAGAUAUAAAUGACAAUAAGCCACAAUUUGAUAGAGCUAACAUUGAAGUAUCAGUUUACGAAAAUGCUGAAGUUGGUAAAAGUUUAGAAACAUUUAAAGCAACUGAUCCAGAUCAAGGUGGUAAAAGUAAGGUUUCUUACGCUAUCGAUAGAUCAUCAGAUAGAAAACGACAAUUUUCAAUAAAUCAAGAAGGAACCGUUAGCAUACAACGUUCAUUGGAUAGAGAAGAUACACCUCGGCAUCAAGUUAAAAUAUUAGCUAUUGACGACGGGUUACCGCCUCGAACGGCUACAGCUACUUUAACCGUUAUCGUUCAAGACAUCAACGAUAAUGCACCUACGUUCUUGAAGGAUUAUAGGCCUGUUUUAACCGAACAUAUAACCCCUAAAAAAGUAGCUGAAAUUUUAGCUACGGAUGAUGACGAUCGAUCUAAAAGUAAUGGUCCACCAUUCCAGUUCAGGUUAGAUCCAGGUGCUGAUGAUAUUAUAAGAGCUUCAUUUAAAGUAGAACAGGAUCAAAAGGGUGCCAAUGGCGAUGGCAUGGCAAUUGUGUCAUCGUUGAGAUCUUUCGAUAGAGAACAACAAAAAGAGUAUCUUAUUCCUAUUAUUAUUAAGGACCAUGGAAACCCAGCUAUGACUGGAACCAGCACCUUGACUGUUGUGAUUGGUGAUGUUAAUGACAACAAAAUGCAACCUGGAUCAAAGGAAAUUCUUGUUUACAAUUAUCAAGGACAAGCUCCUGAUACUGAGAUUGGACGAGUUUAUGUAUAUGAUCUCGACGAUUGGGAUCUACCAGAUAAAAAAUUCUUCUGGGAAAGUUCUGAACAUCCUAACUUUACACUUAAUGAAGAAACAGGAAUGAUACAAAUGAAACAUAAAACAAGAGAAGGCAGAUAUCAUUUAAAAUUCAAAGUAUACGAUCGAAAACAUACACAAACCGACGUUCCUGCAAAUGUAACUGUAUAUGUAAAAGAAAUAUCACACGAUGCACUAGUCAAUUCAGGCUCAAUACGAAUAUCAGGUAUAUCUGAUGAAGAUUUUAUUCGAGUUUGGAAUUAUAAGACUUUAAGUGUAUCUCGAAGUAAAUUAGACAUUUUUAAGGAUAAAUUAGCCGAUUUACUUAAUACCGAACGAGAGAACAUUGACAUUUUUAGUGUUCAACUAAGGAAGAAGCAUCCUCCGGUUACUGACAUUCGUUUCGCAGCUCACGGCGCUCACUACUAUAAGCCAAUCCGGCUCAAUGGAAUAGUUUUAAUGCACAGAGAAGAAAUUGAAAGAGCAGUGGGAAUAAACAUUACGAUGGUUGGAAUUGAUGAAUGUCUUUAUGAAAAUCAUGCAUGUGAAGGAUCUUGUACCAAUGUAUUAGAUAUUAGUAAUUUACCUUACAUGGUGAACGCAAAUAAAACGGCUCUCGUGGGAGUACGCGUUGAUGUUAUUGCAGAAUGCACGUGUGGUGCGAGAAACUUUACGCAAGCAGAAACAUGUCGUAACUCUCCUUGCUAUAAUGGAGGCAGAUGUAUAGAAGGAAAAUAUGGAUUAACAUGUUCUUGCCCUCCGGGUUACACUGGUCCUCGAUGUCAACAAACAUCACGAAGCUUUAGAGGUACUGGAUGGGCGUGGUAUCCUUCAUUGGAAAUGUGUGAUAGCUCUCAUUUGAGUUUUGAAUUCAUAACUAGAAAAUCUGAAGGUGUAUUGAUAUAUAAUGGACCAAUUGUACCUCCUGAGCCUGAAGAAAUAAUGGUAUCUGAUUUCAUAUCAGUUGAAUUAGAAAGGGGAAAUCCUCGAUUACUAAUCGAUUUUGGUUCCGGCACGUUAGAACUCAGAGUUAAAACUAAAAAGCCCCUAGAUGACGGUGAAUGGCAUCGGUUGGAUAUAUUCUGGGACACAGAAAACGUAAGAAUGAUAGUUGAUUACUGUAAAUCUGCAGACAUACAGGAAAUGGAAGAUGGUACACCUCCAGAAUUUGAUGAUUCAACUUGCCAAGCUACGGGAACAAUUCCACCAUUUAAUGAAUACCUAAAUGUAAAUGCACCAUUACAAGUUGGUGGAUUAUACAUAGAACACUUCGAUCCAACUCAUUAUCAUUGGCAAUAUAUGCCUAUUGGUAAAGGUUUUGAUGGAUGCAUAAGAAAUCUAAUACACAAUAGUAAAUUAUAUGAUUUGGCACAUCCUGGUUUAUCUAGAAACUCAGUUGCUGGCUGCCCUCAAACCGAAGAGAUUUGUAAUCAAGCAGAUACAACGUCCAGGUGUUGGGAACACGGAACGUGUGUUGGUAGUUUUUCAGAAGCCAGAUGUCAAUGUCAACCUGGUUGGACUGGACCUUCUUGUAACUUACCCACAACGCCGACUAGCUUUAGACCUCAAAGUUAUGUAAAGUUUGCUCUUAGUUUUGAACCAGAUCGAUUUAGCACACAGAUUCAACUUCGAUUCCGAACAAGAGAACCUCACGGAGAACUAUUUAGAGUGAGUGACCAACACAAUCGAGAGUAUGGUAUUCUUGAAGUAAAAGAGUCGCGUUUACACUUUAGGUACAAUUUGAACUCGUUACGAACUGAAGAACGCGAUGUUUGGCUAAAUUCUAUUGCUGUAGACGAUGGUCAAUGGCACAUAGCAAGAGUAAGCAGAUAUGGCAGUGCUGCUACUUUGGAAAUAGAUGGAGGUGAAGGUCGCCGAUAUAAUGAGACAUUCACUUUCGAAGGCCAUCAAUGGCUAUUGGUAGACAAACAAGAGGGUGUUUAUGCAGGCGGCAAAGCAGAAUAUACUGGUGUAAGGACAUUUGAAGUGUAUGCUGAUUUCCAAAAAGGUUGUUUAGAUGAUAUACGCUUGGAAGGAAAGCACCUACCACUUCCCCCGGCUAUGAAUGGCACGCAGUGGGGACAAGCGACGAUGGCGCGAAAUUUGGACCGCAACUGUCCUUCCAACAGUCCUUGCAUCAAUGUGCAUUGCACAGAACCUUUCGUCUGCGUGGACCUCUGGAAUGAAUAUGAAUGCACGUGCCCCGGGGGCUCCGCGCGCGCGAGCGGCACGUGCGUGAACGUGAACGAGUGCCUGGCGAGCCCGUGCCUCAACGGCGGCACGUGCGUCGACCGCGAGCCGGCGCGCCGCUACGACUGCAUAUGCUCGUUCGGCUACACCGGCCACGACUGCGAACUAGAGCUCCUGGCGUCCGGAAUCAUCAUGCCCUCCAGAGAUUUCAUUAUAGCUAUCAUUGUCUGUUUAUUUUUGCUUUUAGUUCUGGUGUUAGUGUUCGUCGUGUACAAUCGGCGGCGGGAAGCCCACAUCAAGUACCCGGGGCCGGACGACGACGUUCGCGAGAAUAUAAUAAACUACGACGACGAGGGGGGCGGCGAGGACGACAUGACAGCUUUUGAUAUCACUCCGCUGCAGAUUCCCAUCGGGGGACCGCUCCCCGAUCACGUUCCCGCUAAAUUACCCUAUCCGCUAAUGAGCGUCGGGCUUGGAGUCGGUCCCAUGGGUGUCGGAGUGGCGCCUCCCAUCGGGGUCCCGAUGCCGGGCGAGACCAACGUGGGCAUGUUCAUCGAGGAGCACAAGCGAAGGGCCGACAGCGACCCCAACGCGCCGCCCUUUGACGACCUGCGGAAUUAUGCGUAUGAGGGCGGCGGCAGCACGGCUGGAUCCUUGUCGUCUCUUGCUUCUGGUACUGAUGAUGAGACACACGAGUACGACUAUCUGGGCGCCUGGGGUCCGCGCUUCGACAAGCUCGCCGACCUGUACGGCCCCGAUCUGGACGAACAACUGUAGGUUCGGUUAAACGUAAACCGCGCGCAUUAUAUCGCGCAAAUUUAGUCAAUUGUCUCCCACGUUUCUAACUUAACUUAAUAAGACACUUUUAAGCUAUCUUGGGAGAGACACCACCCGCGUCUUUUUGUUUAUGUUUACAGGCUAGGCAAAUAUAUGAUACGCACCUAAAGUGUGGGCUGUGCUCACGAACAUUUUAGUUUAUUAAUAUUUAAUUAAUAGACGUGUUAGCUUAAGAGCGUCUCGUUUGGGGCGUAUUGCGUCGUUUUGAGACAAAACGUGUAUCUUCACCAAAUAUUUGAUAUAAGUUUAUUCGAGUUAGCCAUAAAUAUUAUGAGUCAGUAUUUUAUUGGAAGUUAUCGAUGUAAGUGGAUUUAUGCAGGAGGGCCAUAAGUGAACCGUGGGUGUUUGUAGAUAGUGUGCUAUAAAUGUGAAUAAUUUAUACGAGUAUUUUGUAAGUCCGCAGCUUUACGUGAUAUAUCUUAACUUACGGCCCUUCCGUUACGAAUCGUUAUACCUACUAUAAAAAUAUAUGUUAUAUUUUAUAUUAAUGAUUAAUAAUAAUAUUUAAAAAAUUCGUCCGAACGGACGUCGAGUUUAUAAUGCUCAUUCAAUACGUGGAUCGAUCGCCGGGGGAUGUACAUAUAAAUAUUUAAUAAAAUUCUACCCCCAACUUAGUCUAAUAUGAAUCGAUCGAUCUCUAUUCGAAAUCUCUUCGUAAGUGUACAAUAACUGGUGUUCCUCUCCUAAAGUCUCCAUGUAGAGUAGUUGAUAAAUUUUAGAUACCCACGUGCGUCACGUGCCGCGUGCGGGCAUCGGCUCGGUAAAUAAUAAUAAUAAUAUGUACGUAGUUUUGAUAGAGGAGAGUUUUCUGUCGGCUCGGAGAGAGUGGGCGCGAGGUAGUGGGGCGCGCGGGAGUGAGCGAGCGGGACGCGCGAUGUGCGAGCGAGUGCGUGCGAGCGAGAGCGCGGCGUCGGCUCCGACGAGCGCCGAAUGAAUGGGACAGUGCCAAUUUAUUAGCAUUAUUAUCGAUGCAGCUAAUGAACAUAGCGAUAAGUGUUUGCACUUUAUUUAUUCAUAUAUUUACGUAUAAAUUUAGUCGCACCUAGGAAAAUAUCAAUAACUUACUAAGAGUGUUGUGCUAGAUUUAUGUUAUCGAUUUUGACGUGAGAUAGUCCCCGGAACCGUUAGAAGUCACUAAUUUAAAUCUAAUUUUUAAGAAUUUAUAGUAUAAUAAUUAAAUUUAUUGAAGGUUUCGCAAAUACUGUCUCACCUCGACAUCGAAUUAGGAUCAGUGUAAAUUUUAGAAUAUACUGAAUUACGUCUUAUGUUAAAAUGACUGAUUUUUAUUAUGCGUUUGAAAGCCUAAGAUUAUGUAGAUUCGGUUAUUUCAUUACAUAUAGACUUCGAAUACCUACUGUAAGAACACUCUAGUUUGCACUCAAAAUGAAUAUUCAAGUCUCAAUAAUAAAGCAAUUCUCGUUAAUUACUAUUUGUGUAAGUAGACGUUAAUAGUUAGUCCGAGAUUGAUAUUCUAGGUUUUAUUGUUCUUUUAUAAUAUCAUUACACUGCCAGUAAUCAUAUAUAGACGAAUUACGAUAGAGUUUGGUCCGAUUUUAUAUUUCUGUCGUAUACAUAAUAUGAUAUUGUAUAUUAAUUUUUUGAACUUUUUUAUAAUGAACGUGAUACUUUCUCCUCAAUCGACAGUGACGUGCCACUCGAUGCACAAAACCUUGAUAUUUCUUUGAAUAAGCUCUGCGUUGUCUCCGAUGUGUGUACCUUUACAAUUUAAUACGUUUUUACCAAAGAUAUAUAGAUAAUCGCUGUAAAUAUUCCACGCUCGGUGUAUUCUGUCAUGUUACCGACGAAAUUAUCGUUGUUACAUUUAAAGCAAAAACAUUUGUGAUCGAAAUUUAUGCAUCAUGAGUAACGUUUCGCCGCAGCUGCUACUCGACAUGUUACCGCUUUCUACUAAAGAUAGGUACACAUGAAAAUAGCACUUUAUAUUUCACUGCAUUUUGGUGAUUAUUAAAAUACUGUAUGUACACUAAUUAAGACGGCAGAGCACACAAUCCCAGUACAAACAAUGAGGGCGAGACCCACACCACACCGUAAUCGGUGCACGUAAUUUUAUUUUAGACAUUAAUUACAUAGUUAUGUUUUGUUUCAACUGUGAUUAUUUAGUUGUACAACUCUGAAAAUUACAUAAAAGAAUGAAUAAAGUAUGAAAAAUG